AGCGAACGCUACUUAUAUGGCCUUGCAAACGCUCUCCCACAGACGCUGCGAAUUAGGGUUUUACCGCCGCCACCUCGCCGUCCUCCUCCCUCGCAAGCCCUAACCACCCCUCUCCCGCCGCCGCCAUGUCCGGGAGGAAGAAGACGCGGGAGCCCAAGGAGGAGAACGUGACGCUCGGCCCCACUGUCCGCGAGGGGGAGUACGUCUUCGGCGUCGCACGCAUCUUCGCCUCCUUCAACGACACCUUCAUCCAUGUGACGGAUCUGUCCGGGAGGGAGACGCUCGUCCGCAUCACUGGUGGCAUGAAAGUUAAAGCUGAUCGUGAUGAGUCCUCACCUUACGCAGCUAUGCUUGCAGCACAGGAUGUUGCUCAAAGAUGCAAGGAGCUUGGAAUUACUGCUCUGCAUAUUAAGCUCCGUGCUACUGGUGGAAACAAGACCAAGACUCCUGGUCCGGGUGCUCAGUCCGCCCUCAGGGCACUUGCUCGAUCAGGCAUGAAGAUAGGUCGUAUUGAGGAUGUCACUCCAGUCCCGACUGACAGCACCCGCAGAAAGGGUGGGAGAAGAGGAAGGAGGCUGUAAUUUCAAGAAUUGGGACUCUGCCUUGGGCAGAUGUAGCAGUUCUAGCCUAUUUGCGUUCGUGUAUUGAACAAGUUUUGAGUUGUCUGGUUUUGGAUGAUAUAUAUGUAUUGAACAUGUUUCCUUCAACUCGUGAACAUGUUCCCUAAAUCUUUGUCGAUGAAGAUUCGCCCUAGCAAGGCAUAGCUACAGAAGCUCCAUUUCUGAUUA